AAUAGGGGAGACCGGGGCUGGUUGGCGCCCCGGGUUGGUUGACGCACUAAGAUUUACUUACAACUAAAAGACUUGACAACAUCGCAAUCAGCGGUGUCCGAAGCAUUUCGAUGACCACCACUCACAAACGUUACUCUUAGUUUGAGAUCAGUAGUGAUAGAGUGUACACGGCACAUUUUUCGUUUUUUGGCGUGCAAAAUGCGUAUCUAUAAAAGAAUGUCCGAGAAGGGAAAAACCCCACCAGAUGUUAUGCUAAGGGCAGUCAGAGAGAUAAAAUUAAAUGCAAAAUCUAUAAGACAAACAGCAAAAUCAUUUGAUAUCCCCGAAGCCACUUUAAGACGGUUUUGCAAGAAAUUUACGGAUGAAGAGAUUAACAGCGAAGUUGUUCAUCCAUCGACUACCGUGGGAUAUUUUGGAAACCGCCAGGUGUUCACCGCAGAGCAGGAAAAUCUCCUCGAGGAAUAUUUGAAAAAGGCUAGCGAUAUAUAUUUUGGCUUAUCAGUCAAAGAAGUAAGAAAAUUUGGUUAUGAGUAUGCUCAAGCGUUAAAAGUAAAAUUUCCUGAUUCUUGGAACCAAAACCAAAUAGCUGGUGAAGAUUGGUUUACGGCUUACUUAAAGCGACACAGGACACUUGCAAUAAGAACCCCUGAAGCAACUAGCUUAGCGCGCGCCUCAAGUUUUAAUAAAGAAAAUGUUGGAAAGUUCUUUUCCAAUUUACAAACGGUUCUAAAUCGUCAUAGAUUUGAACCAUUUCAGAUUUUUAACAUGGACGAAACAGGAGUAACAACAGUCCAAAAACCCAAUAGAGUCGUAGCCAGACGUGGAUUUAAGCAAGUGGGUCGUAUAACUUCUCAAGAACACGGUACAUUGGUUACUAUGGCUCUCUCAGUAUCUGCAACAGGAAACUCAAUUCCACCUUUUUUUAUUUUCCCACGAGUUAAUUUUAAGGAGCAUUUUCUGACUUCUGGGCCCCCUGGAGCUGCUGGAGCUGCAAAUCCUUCAGGGUGGAUGACAAAGGAACACUUUCUACUAUUUUCUAGACAUUUUGUCAAGCAUGUUGGUUGUUCCUUAGACAGACCAUCACUUUUAUUAUUGGACAACCAUGAUUCCCAUCUGUCUAUAGCUGCCUUAAAUUAUUUAAAAAAUAAUGGGGUGACGGUUUUAUCAUUCCCGCCCCAUUGUUCUCAUAAACUGCAGCCGCUCGAUCGCUCCGUCUAUGGACCGUUCAAGAAGUAUAUUAAUUCAGCCUGUGACUCAUGGAUUACUAACAAUCCUGGACGCACUAUGACUAUUUAUGACAUUCCGGUAAUAGUUCGAGACGCAUUGCCAUUAGCAGCUACACCAAAAAAUAUUAUGUCAGGGUUUAGAGUCUCUGGAAUAUCUCCAUUUAACAGAGAUAUCUUUAAAGACCACGAGUUUUCGCCAGGAUAUGCUACUGAUCGACCUGAUCCACUAGAACCGAUGAAUUCCACCAAUCAAUAUGGUUCUAAAGAGCAGUCAGAUUUGUCAAUUGAAUCGAAUCUGUCCGACAAGCCGUUAUGCAAAGAUCAGCCGCAGCCAGGAUGUUCAAAGGAACCUGAUGACGUUUCUCUUUUUGAAAACAAACUUGAUUGUCAAAUGAACUGUUCUAAAAGUUCCAUUCAAGAGGAGAAUGAGAACUCACCUCCUAUCACUCCAUUAAAAUUAAAGCCUUUACCAAAAGCUGCAGCUAGAAAGGAACAACCUAAAAAUAAUAAAAGAAAGCGUCAUACAGCAAUCUUGACAGAUACGCCUGUAAAAAAUGCUCUUGAGGAGGAACAAAAUAAUACAAAAACUGCCAAAAGAAGGAUUGGUUCAAAAAAAGAAACAAAGGCCAAAAACAAAAAAAUGAAGAAAAUUGAUGAAGAUUGUAUCGAUUCAGACGAAGAGGACUGCUUUUGCCUCUAUUGUAUGGACAAAUACAAAAAUAGUGCUUCGGGGGAAAACUGGAUACAAUGCUCAAAUUGCAAAAUGUGGGCGCAUGAGGCUUGUGCUGACAAUCCUGGUAUUUUUUUUGUUUGUGUAAAUUGCGAAAGCAAUUAAUGUUUUUCUUACACUUAGGUAUUUUAAUGUUUUUGUACGUAUGUUAUCUACAGUUCAUAUUAAUGUAUUUAGUUAUUUAGAUUUACGAAUUUAUGAUUGUAUGUAUUUUUUUAAGUUUUUUGAUAAAAUGUUUUUACAUUUUAAUUAAAAAUGUGUUUUAAAUUAUUUUUUUUUGUCUGCGUCAACCAACCCCAGGUAGUGCGUUAACCAACCCCGUGACGGGGCUGGUUGGCGCACAGUGACAUACAUGUUUCCUUCUCAAAUUGAACAUAAAGUACAGUCUGUAAGAUGUUUAUUUUUACAAAAUCUCUUGCCCAAAAGAUUAGAUUUUCGUACAUUGAGCAAAAAGUUGUAAUAAAUCUUUUAAUUUAGCAUCUAGGUACAAAAAUGUAAAAAAUGCGUCAACCAGCCCCGGCCUCCCCUAU